AUGGCGCCCCCGCGAUCUAUAGCAGACCACACCAGAAACUCACUCUCCUCCAUGACCAGCGUGGAGCACGAUCGUCUCUUUAAAGCCCUACAACAGAAGUAUAUUCUGCCGUAUGCGGCUUUUCGGAGAUGCCCCCUGGGUGGCUGGAGAGUGUCGCACUGGUUGGUCAUGACGAAAGAGGAGUUCGCCCUAGUUGUCAACCAGGAGCAUCUGCAAGAGGCAUCCAAAGGCUUAGUUGUCGGGCACAACGUAGAUCCGGACCGCGUGAAGCUACGCAUAACCAACCUGAUCGCUGAAGAGCUUCCUCUACAGCGCUUGAUUACAAAUGAGCUAACGCCAGUUCUGAAUACGGAGCUGCAGAAUGUCACGUGUUCUCCCACGGUCACGAAGUUCACCUGCGCGCUGGCUCAUCUGCUUUCAUACCUCCUGUUCCGGCAGCUCCCUGCCCAGUACUCCGGCCGGCAGGAGCAACGGUCUAACUCAUCGGCGCGCAGCGUCGCCCUCGACACUGUGGGUCUUUUCCACCAAAGGGUGGUGGAACAUGGGAACCACGAAAUCAUUGAUGGAGCACGUGCGAGUCGACCCGACCUGCCGACUACGGAAUCCGAGAGGCCUUCCUGUCGCUCCAAAGAGCGCGCAAUCGCUGAAGCCAUGCGCGUCGGCGGCCCUCUGCGGACUGGUCCACCUGCGAACGCCUCUGCAGUGGGAAGGAGAUCAUGCGGGGUCUCUCCGUCUUUAACACCAGCAUAUCAAGGAGGCGGCUGGAUCAGCAGUCUCGACGUCGUGAACGGAGUAGCGCACGAGGUUCCACAAGCCGGUGCAGACAUAGGGGCAUUUUCCGCCAUGCUUUUGGACUCGGACACUCACCGAGUUGCAUGCGUGGUGGUCCUUCAACAGCUCUUCGCAGAGUUAUUAUCCGAUGCAGCCAAAUGCUUUGACGGUGCCUUCGCUAUCUCUGUGGUCGUACCUCUCGCGAUCCUCGCCUGCAAGGACGGCGUCGAAUUCUGUUUACGCGGGCAUUAUCCUAGGAUCUUCCGAAACCGGUGGCAGCUCUGGAUGCUAACUGACCGCAUCAAUGCACUCAUCACGCAGCUAUUCGAUAGCAACUGCUAUCUGGCCAGGACAAGUGCGCUUCUUCGCUUUGGCGUCUUGGGCAGCGAAGAUGCACAAGCCGCUUCCACAAGGUCGCUGCUGUACCAUAUUGACGGCAAAUACCGGUUCCACAACCCAGCAACCAUUCACCAGAACGCGAACGAAACUAAGCAGACAGCAGCCGUGGGGCGAAAAGGCACGGCGCUCAACGAGGAAGGGGCGCUUACAACAGAAUUUUCUGAGGAACGGACAGAGGCGUUCGGGAGUUCGUUGGCGCGACUGUCUCAUGAGAAUGAUCACCAGCAAGUGCAGCGGGAUCGCACUUUCACAGACAUGAGGAGCUCCUGUAACAAGGUGCCCUGGCUGCCACAGCUGCGUCAACCUUCUUGCGUCCCUGCGACGCCACCGUUCUCCCACUCUCAGAGCUCUCACCGUCUGACUGAAACCAGCUUUGCUGGCAAAAAGCGCCCAGACAGUGGCUCCGAAGGAUUCGAAAACGCCCGCGAGGCUACGAGGCGCAUCGCGGAUCGCAAGGGGCAGAAGCGAGGAACGAAGGCACAAGGUCUUCUUCAACACGGUAACGUGCUCAAUCACGAAAGUGCCUCCACACCCGUCACCCUUCAUAUUGGGCCAAUAGCGACAGUGGUCGCCGCUUUGAACAUCUGGAAACUCUACUCUUAA